AUGUCACGCAAGCUGAAGUCUCCAAAUUCCUUUAUCCCGCAAGAACUUCGACAUCGCAAACCCUGCAAAGCACUCGAACCACCUUACAACGUGGACGACAGCGUCCACAUAGAAGUGGAACUAGCCAAUCAUCACGAUGGCAACUUCGGCUUCGCAAUCUACCGCUGCGUCUACGGCGAUGAGGAAGCCUGGAAACACUUCGUCGAGCGAAUGAUAGCCCACGCGCACGCCAGACUCGACAGCACUGAGACCGGACGCCAGAUCAAGGAUCGCUUCGCUUGGGACAUUAUGGACGACAAGGAAAAGCUUGACGGGGCCUCAAAGGAGCAAGUUCGCGGACUCUUCAAACACUGGCGCGAUGCAGUCAGAGGCAGGCCAAUCCUCCCAAGAUACGGCAACUGCAUCUACGCAGAUCAAGAGGUCAUCGACUCGGUCCUGAACGGCGAUGCGCCAGGUUCCACGAGCCCACAAGAUCGGAACCAUCCAACUGCAUUCGUCAAGGUGCUCGACGACAUGUUCGAAGAGCAGCCAGAGCAGUUGACCCCCGAUGACGAAUCAGACGACGAGGAGCGUGAGAAGCUGAAUGCAGGUGAUGAGGGUUACCCUGAUAUCGAGGGUUGCAAGCGCAAAAGACGUGGGUUGGACGAAAGUCGCUAUACGCAAUCUCGUGCCCAGAGCCUAUAG